CACCUCAUUCUCUUAAACUCCACCAUGACUAUCUCUUCAAUUUUCUUGGUAGCUCUAUUCUCUCUCAUUUAUGGCAAUGCUGUUCUUCCUAUUGAAGCUACCCACCAUGUUUAUAAUCUUCAGAGUUUAUCUACUUAUUCCUCUAAACAACCUUAUAGAACUGCUUAUCACUUUCAACCUCUCAAGAAUUGGAUAAAUGACCCAAAUGGACCAUUGUGGUAUGGAGGACUAUACCAUAUGUUUUAUCAAUACAAUCCUAAAGGAGCAGUUUGGGGAAAUAUUGUCUGGGCCCACUCUGUAUCAGAGGAUCUUGUGAAUUGGAGGCCAUUAGAUCAUGCCAUCUCCCCUUCUCAGCCAGCAGAUAUCAAUGGAUGUUGGUCAGGUUCAGCAACAAUUCUUCCUGGAGGCAAACCAGCCAUGUUAUACACAGGAAUUGACCCCAACAAACACCAAGUUCAAAACUUAGCCAUCCCCAAAAACAUGUCUGACCCAUUACUUAGGGAAUGGGUUAAGUCACCAAAAAAUCCCUUAAUGGCACCUACCAUUGCUAACAAGAUAAAUUCAAGCUCAUUUAGAGACCCUACCACUGCUUGGCUAGGAAAAGAUGGGUACUGGAGGGUGCUGAUUGGAAGCAAAACUAACACAAGGGGUGAGGCAAUUAUGUACAAGAGCAAAAACUUUGUUAAUUGGGUUCAAGCCAAAUACCCUCUUCAUUCAGCUGAAGGCACUGGAAUGUGGGAGUGCCCUGAUUUCUAUCCAGUGCUGAAUAAGAUCCCAUUUGCCUUUGGUCUUGAUACUUCUGUGAAUGGUAAUGAUGUUAGACAUGUGCUCAAGGUUAGUUUGGAUGAUACAAAACAUGAUCACUAUUUGAUUGGGAGUUAUGACACUGCCAAGGAUAACUUCAUUCCUGAUAAGGGGUUUGAGGAUAACAAAUCUGUCUUGAGAUAUGAUUAUGGGAAAUACUAUGCCUCAAAAACUUUUUUUGAUGAUGGAAAGAACAGAAGGAUCUUGUUGGGUUGGGUUAAUGAAUCCUCAAGUGUUGCAGAUGAUAUCAAGAAAGGAUGGUCUGGAAUCCACACUAUUCCAAGGGCUAUCUGGCUUCAUAAAUCAGGAAAACAGUUGGUGCAAUGGCCGGUUGUGGAAAUUGAGAAACUACGUAUGAACCCAGUCUAUUGGCCAGCCAAAAAGGUCAAGGGAGGUGAACUGCUUCAAGUUGCUGGUGUUAAUGCAGUACAGUCUGAUGUUGAAAUUUCAUUUGAAGUAAAUGAGAUUGGGAAGGCCGAAGUAUUGGACCAUUGGAUUGAUCCCCAAAUUCUGUGUAGUAGAAAGGGUGCAGCCGUAAAAGGAGCUGUGGGACCAUUUGGUCUGCUGGUGUUUGCUUCACAAGGCUUGAAAGAAUACACAGCAGUGUUUUUCAGAAUAUUCAAAUACCAACAUCAAAAUUUGGUUCUCAUGUGUAGUGACCAAAGCAGGUCUUCUUUGAAUAAAGAUAACGAUAUGACCACUUAUGGAACUUUUCUAGAUGUUGACCCGCUUCAUGAGAAGUUGUCACUAAGAACUUUGAUUGAUCACUCAGUAGUAGAGAGUUUUGGUGGAGAAGGAAAGGCAUGCAUCACAGCCAGAGUUUACCCCACAUUAGCAAUCAAUGAUAAGGCAAAGCUAUAUGCAUUCAAUUAUGGAACUACCGCUGUGAAGAUCACAAGAUUGAGUGCUUGGAGCAUGAAGAAAGCAAAAGACAACUGAAACGAAUCAAAACAAUAAAGACCAGAAGAAGAAAUUGAUUUAGUGUUCAUGAUAAUAAAUGUUUAUGUUCUUUUAUUGGUGCCUCAUAUUUCAUUAUUGUACUAUUAAAACAGGUUUUGUGUGUUAUUCAUCUCAUACAAUGUAAUGUAUGAUAAGAAAUAGAAGAAAAUUAUUUUUGUCCACAA